CCUACGCGUUCCUUUCCAUCCGCGUGCCCGAAGGUUUUGCCUGUGUGUCUACGCUGAGGGGUUCCAACAGGGAAGAGAAAUGCCAUCAAAGAUCAUUUUUGAAACCGAGGAUCAAAUCAUGGACGAAGAUGUAGAGACUGUCGCAGAGGCUAAAACCGUAAAGAACAAAACCAAGGAGGGCAAGAAGCUGAAGAAACAGCAGCAGCAGGAGGAGCAGGAGGAGCCUGACUGUGAGCCUCCGGCACCAAAGAAGAAGAAGAAAAAAGACAAGCUGGCAGCGGACCAAGUGAACGGAUACAUCGAUGGUGCCACUGACAUGAAUGGCAACAGUAACGGUGUUGAAACACCAAAGAAGAAGACUAAAAAGAACACUGAAGAACAACCAGAGAAAAUAAAGAAGCAAAAGAAAGCAACUGCAGAGGCAGCAACCAAUGGACAUUCCACCCCAAACACCCCCGCUCAGACUCCCACUCAGACGCCAUCCCAGUCAAGUGAAGACUCGGCCAGUGACAGCGAAAAAGAAAUGGAGACACCGGAGCAGAGAGAAGGGGCAUUCUCCAACUUCAGAAUCUCCAAAGUCACUAUUGACAAACUAAAAGCUCGAGGAGUCUCUUACCUGUUUGACAUUCAGGUAAAGACAUUUGAUCAUGUAUAUGAUGGAGAGGACGUUAUUGCCCAGGCCCGAACAGGAACAGGAAAGACUUUCUCCUUUGCUAUCCCUUUGGUGGAGAAGCUCCAGAAGGAUUCAGUGGACAUGGCCAGAGGCCGUCCUCCCAAGGUUCUGGUGUUGGCUCCAACCAGAGAGUUGGCUAUCCAGGUUGCUAAGGACUUCAAAGACAUCGCCAAGCGCCUGUCUAUCGCCUGUUUCUAUGGAGGCAGCUCAUACAACCCACAGAUUGAUGCUAUCCGUAAUGGUAUUGAUAUAUUGGUUGGUACCCCCGGUCGGAUCAAGGACCACAUCCAGAACAAUAAACUCAACCUCACCAAACUGAAACAUGUUGUUCUUGAUGAAGUGGACCAGAUGUUGGACAUGGGCUUUGCAGAACAGGUUGAAGAGAUUUUGGGUUCGUCAUAUAAGAAAGACUGCGACGACAACCCACAGACUCUUUUGUUUUCGGCCACCUGCCCACCUUGGGUGUAUGAAGUUGCCAAGAAAUACAUGAGAACAAACUGCAAACAUAUUGACCUGAUUGGCAAGAAAACACAGAAAGCUGCAACAACUGUGGAACAUCUGGCCAUAGCGUGUCAUUGGUCGCAGCGUGCGGCAGUGAUAGGCGACGUGAUCCAGGUGUACAGUGGCAGCCAUGGUAGAACCAUCGUCUUCUGUGAGACGAAGAAAGAGGCCAAUGAGCUUUCCAUGAAUGCAUCCAUCAAACAGAGUGCCCAGUCCCUUCAUGGUGAUAUCCCCCAGAAACAGAGAGAGAUGACGCUCAAGGGAUUUAGAAAUGGAUCCUUUGAGGUUCUGGUUGCCACUAAUGUUGCAGCCCGUGGAUUAGACAUCCCUGAAGUCGAUUUGGUGGUCCAAUGUUCUCCACCGAAGGAUGUGGAGUCAUACAUCCAUCGUUCAGGACGUACGGGCCGGGCAGGGAGGACGGGAGUCUGCAUCUGCUUCUACCAGAGAAAAGAAGAGGACCAGUUGCGCUUUGUAGAAAACAAAGCGGGCAUCACAUUCAGGCGAGUUGGCGUUCCCACUGCCAACGAUAUCAUUAAGUCAUCAAGCAAGGAUGCUGUCAGGUUUCUGGACUCCGUUCCAGUCACAGCUAUCGGGUAUUUCAGAGCAUCAGCUGAGAAGCUGAUUGAGGAGAGAGGAGCAGUUGAUGCACUAGCUGCUGCCCUGGCCCACAUUUCUGGUGCCACAAGUCUAGAGCAAAGGUCGCUGCUCAGCUCAGAUGCUGGUUUCACCACAAUGCAGUUGGUGUGUUCCCAGGAGAUGCAUAAUCUGGGUUACGCCUGGAGAACCAUCAAAGAGCAGCUAGGAGAGGAGAUUGAGAACCAUAUUAACAGAAUGACCUUCCUCAAAGGCAGAACGGGAGUUUGUUUUGACGUCCCAGCUGAUAAAGUCAAGGAGAUUCAGGAGACCUGGACGGACGGCCGCCGUUGGCAGCUGUCUGUGGCCACCGAACUGCCAGAGCUGGAAGAGAAGCAGUUCAGUAACCGCGGUGACAGAGGGUUUGGUAGCGGUAACCGUGGUGACAGAGGAGGGUUCAGAGGCGGCAGGGGACGGAGUUUCGGUGGAAACCGUGGCAGCGGCUUUCGGAAAGGUGGCGGCGGCGGUGGCUACAACAACAACAGCAACAGAGGGGGACACAAACGCAGCUUCAGCCAAGCGUUUGAUUACUGAAGUGCCCACAUGUGGACUGAUAGGACAGGCUGUCACUCAGCUGGGCUGGCAGUGGUUUUUAUUGGCUGGGUGGUGAACAGUCUCCAUCAUGAUACAAGUUUAAUUGUAAUUUAAAAUACGAUUCAUUAAAUGAGUUUAAAUGAGUUUCUGACAUAAUUUAAAACAUGCUGUCUGAAGAGAAAUAUUAAAGGGGCAGUUCACCCCACAGCUAUAUACAUGGUUUUCUUCUAGUCUGUUGUGCAUGGCAUCCAUCGAUUUGUUUUGGUAUGAUCUACACAUGCUUGUUGCUAUCUGCAGCAGAAAUGUCUGCCUUCUCAUGAAUAUAAUGGGUGUAAAUGCCACUUGUGGGGCUUAAAACAUGACCCUGGUCACUUAGCAAACCUUGUUGUGAGCUGUUUAAUUUUUUUUUUUCCUGUUGAACUACACCCACCAGUCUACAUCACUUUGCAGAAGGUUCGCAUGUGUGUACCUGUAACAAGAGGUUUGUUCCCAUGAUGAUGUGUAAACAUUGUCAUCCUCAGCUGAGCUUUAAUGUUGGCUGGGUGAAUUCUUUCUGUAAUUGGCUC